GAAGUUGUGAAAUCGAAAGUCUCUUCAAGCUAAGCAUAUGAUGAAUGAUCGAAAAGACAAAAACCUAGACAGUAUGGAAGCCUCAUCCCCAGUAACCAGACCCCGAGAGAGUUUACAAGGUCAGUGUCAACAUUGUCAUGACAAGUCUCAUCUAACAUCGGAACCUGUCUUCGAGUCGCCUUUUAAAGGCAUGUCGAGAAUCCUGCUCGCUUUUAAAUCGGUGGGGAUUUUUAACUUCACAAUUCACGACGAUUUCACCGAAUUUGAAUGCAACCCUCAUCUCAUCUUCUAUGCCCUAUUCCUGAAUUUAUUGGUAUUGGCUAUUCCCAUCGGCCUUCAAGUCAUGUGGAUCGUGUACUUGCCCCAAGGAGUUACCUAUGAAGUGAUUUUAGAAAAGGUCAACCAAUCUUUUUCGUCUACUGAUUUCGUGGCGGUGGUUGGCCUCCUAGCUUUAAUCCAGCUGUCAAGUUUGUGGCUCCAACUUACGAACAUCAGUGCCUGUGGGAAUCUCAAUGACUUGGUCAAUGGCGUCCGGGCCUUGGGCGUAGUGGAUGGAUAUGAUGGGGUUAUCCAGAAUCCCAAAUGCACCAAACAAACUUACCUUUUCCUCCUCAUUGCAAUGAUCAUCGUCUCUUUCACCUUAAUCAGUUCAGUCAUUCCCGAAAUUUUGGGUCUUUCAAUUGAUCGUCUCUUCGAUUUGGUAUUCGGAUUCGCAAUUGCCAUUGCCAUUUGUUAUCUCCAUUUGCCGCAAUUGCUUUCUGAAUUUCUCUUCCUUCGCUUCAUGACCGUGUUGGAGUACCAUUUUGAGCACCUCCUAGGACACAUUGACUGCUGCAUGGUCCAUAAAGGAGCUUUUAUGGUCAAACCGGAUCGGCUCAAACAGACGGCGUGCUGCCUGGAUCAUUGCAAUGGCUUGAUCAAGCUCCACCGCACGAUUGAGGAGACGUUUUCUCGACAACUGUUGAUUUUAUUUGGUUUGAUCAUGGGUUCUUUGAUCUUCAGCCUUUACCUCAGCAUCACGUUUAUCAUUUCAUACAAAAGUUGGUUUCACGGACUCUUUAUCAUUGGAUGUUUUGUCUUCAGCCUGGUUCCAGCCGGGCGACUCUAUUUCUUGGGCUCCUCCGUGAAUCAAGUCAUCAAGAAAGUGAGCGAAGUCAAGCAGAGAUUGUAUAUGAUUGAAUCUUUUAGUACUCGGGAAUUGGAUGUCCAGGGAAAGGUGAGAUGUACCAUCCGCAAAUAUUCGGAGAUCACGGGGUUCUCCGCCGACAACUAUUUUGUGGUCAACAACGCCAUGUUUACUUCAAUCCUUGGAUAUCUCACCACUUACUUGAUCGUACUUGUCCAGUUUAAAAUUGCGGAACGAUCACAUGCAUAACAGUUUUCCAUAUAUUUAAUCUGCCUCGACUAUGAGCUGUUUAUGAUUUCUCAUUGAUUUGAGCCUUCACAAGUCGAACGACUUCAUUAGCACAUCCCAAACUUAAAGUUAUACCACUACCCCCGUGGCCAUAAUUAUGUAUCAUCUAAAAUAAAAGCAAACCAUAUGAAUCAA